AUGCUCUCUUUCAGAGAAUCGGAUAGUCCAACAUCAUUAAUCAAAAGUAGCACACCCGAUCCACUGACAGAAGAUUACGACGAGCGAAGCUGGUUCGGCGAAAGUGGCGUGCCAGAUUCGGCACGUGACCCGAUCUCGCAAGCUCUCGCUCUGCUCGGCAAACCUCAAACGAUGGGCAACCUGGAAGCCCUCAUCAGGUACCACAGCUUUUCUGUUCACUUGUGA